CUCGCCACUCCCUCUACAGAGCACACCCGGAACCUUAACCCUAGCUCAUUCCAACUCCGUCGCUGCCAAAAUGCCGCCCAAGUUCGAUCCAUCUCAGGUGGUCGAGGUUUUCGUCCGAGUUACCGGCGGUGAAGUCGGAGCUGCGAGUUCACUCGCUCCAAAAAUCGGUCCGCUCGGUCUCUCCCCUAAAAAAAUCGGUGAAGACAUCGCAAAGGAAACCGCCAAGGACUGGAAGGGUCUCCGAGUCACUGUAAAACUAACCGUCCAAAACCGUCAAGCUAAAGUCUCCGUCGUUCCCUCCGCUGCCGCACUCGUCAUCAAGGCGUUGAAGGAGCCGGAACGUGACCGUAAGAAGACCAAAAACAUUAAGCAUAACGGUAACAUCUCGCUCGAUGACGUCAUCGAGAUCGCUAAGGUGAUGAAGCCAAGAUCGAUGGCGAAGGAUUUGAGUGGAACAGUGAAGGAGAUUUUGGGCACGUGUGUAUCAGUUGGUUGUACGGUAGAUGGGAAGGAUCCUAAGGAUUUGCAGCAAGAGAUUGAUGAUGGUGAUGUCGAGAUUCCUCUCGAUUGAAUGCGAAUUAUCAACUGAUGGUAAUAUUAUGUUAAUUUUAUGUUAUUUUGUUUUGAGGAUGUCAUCUUGAGGAUCAUUUUGAUAUAACUAUGACAUUCUGGAAUUUUAUAUUUGGAAAUGUAGUUUGGAUUUGCUUUUUCUCGAUGAAGUGCUUUAGCAUUGCUUUAUGCGUUUUGCUGAA